CUGUUUUGUCGGAGAAGAGCGUAGAAAAUUUUCCUUUUUUUUUCUUCUCAUAAUUACAUCUAUUGUGUAGUUGAAACGGCGACGAGCAAACUUUUCGUGGCGGGCAGAACGAGCAUCCCACAAAACAACCAUGCCGUAUAAGAGAAAGGCGCGGAUGUCCUACAAGACAAUGAGAGACGAAAAUAUUGUCGAAAGCCAGGACUCUGAUGAAAACGAUGCGUUGGAUGCAACAGGAGAUGGCGUGGAGGGCAAUCCAACCAACGACAACAAUUCCAGUUCGGAUGACAGUGAGAAUGAUGAUGGCGAUGCCGAGGGCGAUGAUGGAGGCGGCGAAGCUGAUCAGGGAAGAGACAGUGCCGAGGCAUAUGGCAAACCAGAAUCACCACAUUAUGCCGAAAGCAGUGAGGACGAUGUCAAACCCGAAUUACCACAUUAUACUGGAGGUAACAAUGGCAACGCGGACAACAAUACGGACAAUAAUUUUGUCGGCUAUGCCGAUAAUCAAUUUGAAGGCAAUCAGCCACAGCAGCAGCAACAGCAACAACAACAAAAACAACAGCAGCAACAACAACAGCAUCAUCCAAACCAAGAGGAUCCCGGUGGAGGUGGCGGGUAUGCGCCCGAUACGCAAGAGAGCGCUUGUCCAACUAGCAAUAGCGAGGAUCGCACAAGCGCCACAAAUCUGAUCAUCAACUAUUUGCCACAGAACAUGACAGAUCGUGAGUUGUUCAAUUUAUUCAGCAGUUGCGGCUCCAUCAACACAUGCAAAAUAAUGCGAGACUAUAAGACGGGAUACAGUUUCGGCUACGGUUUCGUUGACUAUAAUGACGAGACGGAUUCGGAGGCGGCGAUACACAAAUUCAAUGGACUCCUCGUGCGCAACAAACGUUUGAAGGUAUCUUAUGCACGACCGGGCGGGCAAUCGAUCAAGGACACAAAUUUGUACGUGAUCAAUUUAUCACGUAACAUUAACGAUGAUCAGCUGGAUCGCAUAUUUUCGCCAUUCGGUUUGAUCGUUCAACGCAACAUCUUACGGGAUAAGCUGACUGGUCGUCCACGAGGAGUUGCAUUCGUACGUUACAACAAGCGUGAGGAAGCACAGGAAGCAAUAAUGGCGCUCAAUAAUACCGUGCCCGAGGGUGCAUCAUCACCGAUUUGGGUGCGCCUGGCCGAGGAGCAUGGCAAGGCGAAGGCCGCACAGUUUAUGCCACAAGUUGGUGGUGGUGGCGGCGGUCCGCAUAUGGGUCAACAGCAACAGCAACCGCCGCCGCCGCAUCACCAUCAAAUGAUACCGCAUAUGCAGCUGGCUCCACGUCCGACGCAGCAUCCACGCCACCAGCAGCAGCAUCAGCAUCAGAUGCACCAUCAACAUCAGCAGCAACAAAAGCAGCAACAUAAUCCAUAUCAUCACCACAGUUUGCCGCCACCGCCGCCCCACAUGCAACAGUUGCAUCACCAUCCGCACGGAGGUGGUGGCCGCAUCGGUGUCGGCGUCGGUCUGCCACAGCCGAUGCACGGCGGCGGCAGUGGUGGUGGUGGCGGCGGUGGCUAUCACCCCAAUAUGGCCAACAGAGGUAGAUCAAAUAGAACAACACGAUCUCAAAAACCGCAUCCAUAUACUAACAAUGUACAGAAAUUUAUUUAAAACAAAAUUAAUUUCUUUACACAAUAUUAGCUGCAUCUCACAGGUGAAGUGUUCAUGCUGCCAUUGCCUAUCACAGUAAUGCCAAUGCCCCGUCCACAAGCAGAGCUGCAGCAGCUGCAACUGUUGCAGCAGCGGCAGUGCCUACUGUACCAGCAACAUAUGCUGCUGCAGCAGUAGUAGCAACUACUGCAACUUCAACUGAGCAGCAGCU